GACUAGAAUUUUUCGAAUGCUCAUGCGUAUGCGAGUUUCUAUUCUGUAGUGAGAUAUUCGUCAAAAUCAAAAUGAGUACUGUGCCUGUAACAAAACACGUCGUCGGUACAGAAACGGCUGGAAAUCUAGACGUUUACGUUUAUGGAGAUUUAGAACAAAUAGGUCGGAAACCGGUCAUUAUGACCGUGCACGACAUGGGCUCGAACCACCGCAGCCUCGUGCAAUUCACGCAGCAUCCCUCGAUGGCAGAGAUCUCCGGCCGCGUCGUAUACGUGCACGUGGACGUGCCUGGCCAGGGCGACGACGAACCAGACCUGCCCGCCAACUACUCGUUCCCCACGAUGCACCAGCUCGGCCAGGAGCUCGUCUUUGUGCUCGACCAGCUCAACAUCAAAUACGUCGUGGCACUUGGUGAAGGAGCGGGCGCCAACAUUCUCGCAAGGUUUGGGGUGGCUCACCCGAAGCGUUGCCUCGGAGUCUGCCUCAUUCACCCGACAUCAACAGUAGCCGGAAUCAUCGAGUUUGUGAAGGACAAGUUUAUGGGUUGGAAGCUGAGCGCUGGCUGGAACCCAUCAGCCGAGGAAUACCUCGUCUACCACAAGUUUGGCGAGCAGUUGGCGAAGGCAAGCGCGAACAGUGCGGCGGACAGGGAGGCCAUCAUACAGAAAGACGUUUGUGUGUUUUUCAGAAUCGAGGGAGUUGGUGACGUAUUGCUAGAGGCUCCGGAGAGGGUUGCCCAUGGCUUCCUGUUAUUCAUUAAGGGAUGCGGCAUGCUAUCCUCGACACCGCUGCCUGGCCAGGAGCGCGCUGGCUCCUUCAGCAACAUGAGAGGUCGCACGAUGUCGAUGGAGGAAGCGGACAAGCCGAGGCGCGCCAGCUCAGCGAGCGACGCUGCUCCCUAGAUGCGUUUCACCCUCACACCCUCGGCGAUUUACACGCGAAGAUGCGGCACAAAUGUUCGCGUGUAAGGUCCGUGACGACGACGGAACAACGACGACGAUGAGCAAUGUUCGUUUGCGCUUUUGGCUCGGGAGCGAUUCGCAAGGAUUUUUCGCGGGUCCCGUAGCCUAAAUUAAUGCUGGGAUUAGUUACGGUAUAGAGGAAUAGUAGAUUUACAGCAAUCGAAGAAGAGUGUUAUGUCCUGUCCGGUGUGUUCUCCCUCCCCCACCACACCUUAUGAGGUACUUAGUAGGUGAUACUGUGGUUUUUAUUGAUAGUGUACGUCGUCGUGGAACGUUCGUUUGUAUGUCGUUAGCGCCACGGACAGUUGUAUAGAGGAUGGACAAUGCGCGGCGGCCCCGGCGGUUUCUGAGCAACCGCAGCAAUAACGCUUUACUUCUAGUAGUCCACACGGAGAGCGUCGCAUGCGGGCGGUCGUGCCACGAUUUUUGUCGAUUAUCUCUCAAGGAUGCCCCCGUUACGUCGAGGUGUGUCGUGGCGUAUUAGGGGAACGUACAUUCGAUGUGAAGUACUUCAGUAUCUUAUCCACUGCCUUCGGUUCGAUGCUGUGAAAUCAUUUGGCACGCUCGCCCCUGUGUUUUGUAAAUGAGACUGUUGAACCGGGUCUGAUGUGCGUGCCUGCACGCAUCUCACGCACCUUCCUAGCUUGUGAUAUUGCCCGCGUGUGCCUCUGGAUGGCACACGUUACUAGGAAGGGGUGGUUUGAGGGUGUGCAGCAUGCAUCCCACACUGGCUAUGAUAUACCUGUGAACUCUGCGCGACCUUCAUCCAGUGUACACUGCCAGCUUCACAACUCGCGCAGAGGGGUGGCUUGCCCUGCGAAACUGUCCACGAGCGGUGCAUUGUGCUUGCCACCCCAAAAAACAUAGCAGGGUGGUAAUACGUUCUUUCUUUGUAGCUAGCCUCUCGUUGUAUCUCGCGGUGUUUUUGUUGGGUGGUGGUGGGUACGGCAGGGGGCUGCCGCGCGCCUCGCGGCGCCACUUGUUUCAUCUCGGUUCUACUAGCUGAGCGCGCGAUAUGAGGAUUUCUACCCCUCGAGCACGCAAUGCUAAACUAGACCGGUGUCCCUGCCAGGCUUCUUGCUUCGGCUUCUAGUUGAUUCUGCACGCACAUAUAUAUAUAUAUAUAUAAAUAAAAAAAAUGCAAAAGCAGUGAGGGGGGAGGUGUUAUUCUCACGUAGAAGGAGGGUAAGCAAUGAUCGGUUAAUGCUCGCGAGUUUAGUAUUCGUAGUGCAAGUUAGUAGCGUCGCGGUAGUAUAGUAGUUGCAGUCGUACGUUGUUGUCACUCACGGUGAGUAGUAAUGCUGUAGGAAAAUGCGAAGUUUGGUUAGCACGUCCGCUGAUGCCCCACGUUUCUGUUGCUAGCACUAGUGCCAUCCAGAUCACCCUUGCUUGCGAUAUUCUGGCUGCUAUAUCUUGCUGCUAUAUCUGUUUGCGUCAGGGGUUAAUAAUGGCAAAUUUGUCGUUAUUAACCCCUGGUUCGCGUGAGUGCCAUAUGCAUGUGUUUCGCCUUUCGCGUGUAUGAUAUCGCAUGUGAUCACAAAUUUCAAAUAAGUGGUUCCAGCUUUUUAGCUGCUUCGAUCCACGUCGCAUCAUUGAUCUUUUCUUGCGCGUGUGAUCUUUGUUGGCAGUUGUAACGGUGUGAAGGAAGAUUUGCCCUAGCCAAUAUGGCGGUGCAAAGACGAAUACGCCCCGACCAAUAUGGCGGUGCGAAGAAAAAAUCUGCCCUGACCAGUAUGGCAGUGUGCAAGAUCAGGCGUGCGUUGAUGUUUGAUUUUUUUAUCGUUUGAUCGUAUUUGUUUUCCGAAACAGAGUGAGGGUUUUUCCUGUCGUUGUGCGUGGAGUCUCACAUGCACACACAUAACCAUAUUAUAUACUCGUAGUUCUGGUUAUCGGUGGAGGUGUGGGGAAUGGGACAUGUGGGGUAUUCCCGCAUCCAAGCCUUCGCAACACGCCGUUAUACACGCGCGAUCGUGACGUCACCCGUGUCCGUGCACGUUUCAACUAUUGCCCGAGUUUUUGUAGUUCCUGUUGUUGUUUUUUUCUCGCGGCAGUGGUCGUGCGCGCAUGCGUGUGUGCGGCGCGGGGGUGUUUUCUAGUUGUUGGCGUCGACGCUCGUGUAUUUUAGCGGCUCGUCUAGCGCGUGGACAAUGUGCGUGGCUGCGGACCUCCACGACAGAAGGAGUAGCUCUUGUGUGCGUGUUUUUCCCUAUCCAUAUCUCAGGUCACUAGUCUGUGAGCAUAGUCCAUCAUGCUAGAUGCUCGCGUCUGUAGCAGAGAGCCAGCGAGCGAGCGAGAGAGAGAGAGAGAGAUAGCGCGUGAGAGGUGGCACUCGCUAGCAACGGUUCCGUCGUUCACGUCGUGUGAACUUACACAGUUUCGACAACUGCUGGUAAUCACUGGGUGAACGUUGCUAUUAUAGUUACUUGUGAUGCGUGUGAGUGUUAGUUACUGUUUAUAUAUCGAUGAUUGUAAUUUUUCAUCACACGUUUAUAACACUUGGGGCGUGAGAUCGAGUGCCCUAACCCUUUCUUACAUGUAAUCCGUUCUCUAAUAGUGUAUCACCACUGUAGGAGUUACGUUAGCCUGACUCAGGAUUACUACCGUGUACGUUAUCCAUUGAAUUUAUCAAUAAAAACUGGUGUUCGGUGUAAGAAA